AUGGGUUAUCUCUUUUCACACGGAGUGUCAAGCUUUGAACUUAGUGCAAAUGUUUUGAGCUCACACACUAUUCUAGAUAGACAACCUCCAUGGCUGCUUCUGCUACGCAACCUCAUGGUGCUACCCUUCCCCGCGCAGGGCCAUGUCAUCCCGCUCAUGGAGCUGUCUCGCAAGCUCGCCGGGCACGGCCUCGCGGUAGACUUCGUGAACACCGAGUUCAACCACGACCUCGUCAUGGAAGCAAUGGCAGAGAAGGGAGCAAUUCCUGAUGGGAUCCACGUGCUCACCAUUCCGGACGGCCUGGGCCCCGGAGACGACCACGCGGACAUCGGCAAGUUUGUCAAGGACCUGCCGGCCGCCAUGUCCGGCCGCCUCGAGGAGAUGAUCCGAUCCAGGAAGAUUAGGUGGGUGAUUGCAGAUGUAUCCAUGAGCUGGGCACUCGAGGUGGCCACCAAGGCGGGUGCCCGUGUUGCCUCGUUCUCGACCUACUCCGCGGCCGUGUUUGCUCUGAGGAUGAACCUCCCCAAAUUGAUAGAGGAUGGCGUUCUUGAUGAAAGUGGAAAUGUGAAGGGGCAGGGGAAGAUCCAAAUGGUGCCGCCCAUCGACGCGUCGGAGAUCCCCUGGGUCAGCCUGGCCAGCACCAGCGCCCCUGAGAGGCGCAGAAACAACAUCCAGAACGUCCUCAAGACCAACCUGUCGAUGCCACUGGCCGAGGUGGUCAUCUGCAACACUUCCAUGGAGUUGGAGCCCGACGCUCUGGCUCUGUUCCCCAACGCGCUGCCUCUCGGCCCGCUGGUGGCACCCACGCCGAGGCCGGCCGGGCACUUCUUGCCCGAAGACCUCGCCAGCCUCACGUGGCUCGACGCGCAGCCCGCCGGCUCCGUCGUCUACGUGGCCUUCGGGAGCUCCGGCUUCCUGGACGCGACGCAGUUCCAAGAGCUCGCCGACGGGCUCGCGCUCUCCGGCCGGCCGUUCCUGUGGGUGGUCCGCCCAAAGUUCACGACCGGACCCGGGCAGGAUCGGUUCGACCUCGACGCGUUCAAGCGCCGCGUGGAGGGGCAGGGGCUGGUCGUGGGCUGGGCGCCGCAGCAGCGCGUGCUCUCGCACCCGGCCGUGGCCUGCUUCGUGUCGCACCAGAGCUAUGUGUGCAACGUGUGGGGCACCGGCGCCAAGCUCCGGCGAGACGAGCGAGGGGUCGUCCCGAAAGAGGAGGUCCAGAGCAAGGGCGCGCGGCUGCUCGGAGACGGGGAGGUCAAGGCGAGGGUGGCAACGUGGAAGGAGAUCGCGUGUGGCAGCAUCCGGGUGGGUGGGUCCUCGCAUCGGAACUUGCUCAAGCUUGUCAGCUUGCUGAGACAACAAUGA